GAAGGCAAAAAGAACCACAACCGAGACCACGUGGUUACAUUACCGCUCCGGUGGAAUCAAAACAAACCUGCGUGGCCCCGCCCAGCGCAGGUCACAUGACUUGCACGUGAUCGGCGCUUCCGGAAGAGCCGGUAGCAGCCGCUGGGAUUCCUUUCUGUGCGCGGGUUGCAGAGCCAGAGCCUUGGCCCCGCUGGGACCCCUCUCGCUCUCCACUCCACGUUUGGGUUUCGGGCGGAGCUGGAGCCGUGCUAGCCAUGGCGGCGGGCUCGGGGGCCACCACCGCUGCGGGCGCUGCAGCUGGAAGUGGAGAGGAGGAAGCCAAAGAUAGGAGAAGAGGAUAAGGGCAAAAAGGAUGACUUGCAACUUCUGGAUGUAUCUCUGGCCGUUCCUAUCUUUAAAGGAGUCUAAGAAAUGUAAUUUUUCAGCUACUCCCAAUGACCAAAGUUCUGCUAGUAAGGAAGAAGAGAAUGGUGAAUAUGUCAAACCUUUCACACCAGAGAAAGCAAAAGAAAUUAUCAUGUCUUUACAGCAACCUGCCGUCUUCUGUAAUAUGGUUUUUGAUUGGCCAGCACAACACUGGACUGCUGAGCACCUUUCCAAGGUCCUUCAUGGCAAGCAGAUACGAUUUAGGAUGGGAAUGAAAAGUACAGCUACAGUUCCUCAGUUUGAAACUUCAUGUAGUUACGUAGAAGCUACACUUGAAGAGUUUCUGACCUGGAACUGUGACCACUCUAGUAUUUCUGGACCAUUUAUAGAUUAUGAUUAUUCCAAAUUCUGGGCUUAUGCUGACUAUAAAUAUGUUGUCAGUCUAUUUGAAGACAAGACAGAUAUUUUCCAGGAUGUGAUAUGGUCUGACUUCGGGUUUCGUGGAAGAAAUGGACGGGAAAGUACAUUGUGGAUUGGCUCCCUGGGGGCUCACACACCCUGUCAUCUGGAUUCAUAUGGUUGCAACUUGGUAUUCCAGGUGCAAGGAAGGAAACGAUGGCAUCUCUUUCUCCCUGAGGAUACUCCUUUCCUUCAUCCAACUAGAAUCCCUUAUGAAGAAUCUAGUGUGUUUAGUAAAGUCAAUGUUGUCCAUCCUGAUGUAAAACGUUUUCCUCGGUUCCAGGAAGCUCGAAGACAUGUGGUUACACUGAGCCCAGGACAGGUUCUGUUUGUUCCCAGACACUGGUGGCAUUAUGUAGAAUCCAUUGAUCCUGUCACUGUCAGUAUAAACUCGUGGAUUGAAUUGGAAGAGGACCACCAGGCUCGGGUAGAAGAGGCAAUCACCCGCAUGCUUGUGUGCGCCCUGAAAACUGCAGAGGACCCACACAGUACCAGGGCUUGGUUAAACCCAACGGAGGUUGAGGAAACAUCCCAUGAAGUCAAUUGUCACUACUUAAAUAGAGCUGUUUCUGCCUUUUUUGAUCAUUACAGAACAUCUAAGACAGAAAUCCAAGCACUCAGAACAAACGGAGAGCACAUGAAAAAGGAAGAAUUCAACAUGCACAACAACCUCAUGGAGGUAGAACAAACAGGCAGCCAGAACUUAACCUUGGGAACAGUAGGAGAGCAGGCAGCAUGUCCCUUUGGCCCUGAUCUGGUUCCCAUACUACCGAGUUCUGAAGAUCCACCCUCAGAAACAGGAGGCAUGUUUAAAAAUGAUGGUAAAGACUUUGUUGGCAAAGCUGGAGAGCACUUUGACAAAUUGCACUGUACCAAGAAGCAACGAAUGAUGAGUGGACGUGAGAAUGAAAUUGUGGAACAGAUUGCUUCAAAUAGUACUAUGGCCCCUUCCCAAACAUUCAUUUCUACAGAUGACUUACUGGACUGCUUGGUGAAUCCACAAGUAACCAAGAUAGUGGCACAACUUUUGAUACAAGGAAGGAGUUUGUGAUUGUAAUAGAAAAUGACUUUUAAAUAUUUUAAACAUUUUUAAAAUAGUGUGAUUUUUAAAUAAAAGAUGAAACAAUGAAAAGCAGUUUGCACAGGCUUGUAAAUGUACUUGUUCUUACCUAGUUAAAUUUCAACCUCUUGCCACCUUCUUGCAUGCACAUUGCUCUUUGCCCAAACUGGCUCUUUGUUAUUUGUGAGGCCUUCUUUCUGAGCUUUUUCUUUCCUCUCCCUUCCCAUCUCCUCAGCCUAUUUCAAAUGUAAGCCCCAAGUGUUCUUAACAGGAAAUAAUCUCUCCAUCAGCCUUAAGAAGGGGUCAGCCUGCUGCCUGUUUUUGUAAUAAAGUUUUAUUGGAACACAGCC